AGUGCGGCGAACAUCACUGAUCCGAGCGGAGCAGGCGGACUUGUCACUUGGAGCUCACUUGCUCCCGACUCAAGCUACAAGACGACAACACAACAACAACAACACAACACGAAACAACAACAACAACAACAACAGAAGAAGAAGAAGAGCUGCGGUAGACUGCACCUUGACUAUCUGACUGUUGACCUUUGACCCUUGAGAGGUGCUGUUAAAGGUUGCUGCUGCGCUGCUUCCUCACAUUGUGUGUCGACAUGUCUGACUGGACUCAGCUGGCUCUGCUGCUCUGGAAGAACUUCACCUACAGACGACGCCAGACUCUCCAACUGCUGGUGGAGAUCCUCUGGCCGCUCUUCAUCUUCUUCAUCCUCAUCGCCGUGCGACUCAGUUACCCGCCCUACGAGCAACAUGAGUGUCAUUUUCCCAACAAGGCCAUGCCCUCAGCCGGCACGUUGCCAUGGAUACAGGGCAUCCUCUGCAACGCCAACAAUCCCUGCUUCCGCAGCCCGACGCCAGGAGAGUCUCCGGGCGUGGUGGGCAAUUUCAACGACUCUAUAGUCUCUCGCCUCUUCUCAGACGCCAAGAAGAUUCUCUUGUACAGUCAGAAUGACAAGAACUUGGACGGCUUCAAGGAGUUGGCCCGGGCCCUUCGAGCGCUCCAGAGCAGCAGGUCAGGCUUCAAGUUGAAGCACUUCCUGCGAGAUGAUGAAACUUUGUCCGGCUUCCUGUUGAGGAAUGCCACCCUUCCUCCAUCUGUUGUGGAUCACAUCCUGGAGGCCGACGUCAACUUGGAGAAGGUCCUUCUCAAAGGGUUUGGGGUCCACCUGCGGGACGCAUGUCCUCGUAAAGCGGCGGGCCGGAGUGUGGAGGAAUUUGUGAAGAUUUCAGACCCGUUGGCCUCCAUGAUGGUCCAAGAAGUGGUGUGUCGCGCUCCUAAUGUGUGGCUGAACCGGGCAGAGCAGAACUUCCUGGACAACGUGGACUUCCUCAAACCUCUCUUGAGGGAUGCCCGGUCGGACCCUGAAGCUGUCAAGGAGGUUGCCAGGGCAACCAACAAGCUUCUGGACAGUCUGGGCUCGCUGGCGGUGGAGCUGGCGGGCAUGCAGAGCUGGAUGCACCUGAGGAAGGAGAUCCUCUUCCUGACCCACAACGCCACGUCCUCGCCCAGCGCCAUGUACCAGGCUGUGUCACGCAUCCUGUGUGGACACCCGGAAGGCGGGGGCCUCCAGAUCAAGUCCCUGAACUGGUACGAGGACAGCAACUACAAGGCUCUCUUCGGGAGUCACAACAGCAGCGAGGACGAGCCCGCCGCUCUCUACGACAACUCUUCUACACCGUACUGCAACAGCCUGGUGAGCAGCAUGGAUUCCAACCCCAUGUCCAGGAUGAUCUGGGAGGCCGUGAAGCCGCUGCUGAUGGGGAAACUUCUCUACACUCCCGAGACCCCCGCCACCCAGAGGAUCAUCCACGAGGUGAACCGGACGUUCCAAGAGCUGGGUGUGUUCAGGGACCUGGGAGGAAUGUGGGAGGAGAUGAGACCCAAAGUCUGGGACUUCCUGGAGAACGGCGAGCAGAUGAACCUCAUGAGGAGCCUGCUGAGAAACAACGUGACAGCUACCUACUUCCACGCCCACUUGGUCCACACCGACUGGACCGUGUCCGACAUCUCCCACUUCCUGUCCAGGCACGCCGACCAGCAGCGGGCGGCGAGCGGCGCCCUCACCUGGCGGGACGUCUUUAACGAGACGGACCAGGCUGUGACCAGCAUCUCCCGCUUCAUGGAGUGUGUCAAUCUGGACAAACUGCAGCCCGUUUCCAGUGAGGAACACCUGGUCAACGAGUCCAUGGUCCUGCUGGAGGACAGGAAGUUCUGGGCCGGGAUUGUCUUCCCGGACGUGGCUGCCAAUGCCACGGACCUGCCGCCCAACAUCAGCUACAAGAUCCGCAUGGACAUCGACAACGUGGAGCGGACCAAUAAGAUCAAAGACGCGUACUGGGACCCGGGUCCUCGGGCAGACCCCUUUGAGGACAUGCGCUACUUAUGGGGCGGCUUCUCCUACCUGCAGGACGUCAUCGAGCAGGCCAUCAUCCGAGCCAUGACCGGCACCAAGGAGAGGACGGGUGUCUACAUCCAGCAGAUGCCCUACCCGUGCUACGUGGACGACAUCUUCCUGCGAGUGAUGAGCCGCUCCAUGCCGCUCUUCAUGACCCUGGCUUGGAUGUUUUCCGUCUCCAUCAUCCUCAAGAGCGUGGUUUAUGAAAAGGAGGCGCGUCUAAAGGAGACCAUGAGGAUCAUGGGAUUGGACAACGGCAUCCUGUGGUUCAGCUGGUUCAUCAGCAGCCUGAUCCCUCUGCUUAUCAGCGCCGGACUCUUGGUGCUGCUGCUGAAGAAAGGAGACUUACUGCCGUACAGUGACGCUGGCGUGGUCUUUCUCUUCCUGGCGUCCUUCGGCGUGGUGACCAUCAUGCAGUGUUUCCUCAUCAGCACUGCGUUUGCUCGAGCAAAUCUGGCUGCCGCCUGCGGGGGGAUCAUCUACUUCACGCUCUACCUGCCCUACGUACUCUGCGUAGCCUGGCAGGACCACAUCGGGUUUGGCGCCAAAGUCUUUGCGAGCCUCCUGUCCCCGGUGGCUUUCGGCUUCGGCUGCGAGUACUUUGCCCUGUUUGAAGAACAGGGUGUGGGCAUCCAGUGGAGCAACUUGGUGUCCAGUCCCCUGGAGGAAGACGACUUCAGCCUCCGCACUGCCAUCAUCAUGAUGUACUUUGACUCUUUCCUGUACGGAGUCCUCACCUGGUACAUCGAGGCCGUCUUUCCAGGUCAAUACGGGAUUCCUCGGCCCUGGUAUUUCCCCUUCAUCAAGUCCUACUGGUUUGGGGACAAGGAUGGGAAAUCCAGUAAAGUCCCUCUGAACCACAAAGGAAACGCCAAUGUGGUGUGCAUGGAGAAGGAGCCGGCUCAUCUGAACCUUGGUGUCUACAUUGAGAACCUGGUGAAAGUUUAUCGCCACGGAAAGAAGCUGGCAGUGGACGGACUGACGCUCGGCUUCUACGAGGGACAGAUCACCUCCUUCUUGGGGCACAAUGGCGCGGGGAAGACCACUACUAUGUCCAUCCUCACCGGUCUGUUCCCUCCCACCUCCGGGACCGCCUACAUCCUCGGUCGAGACAUUCGCACGGAUCUAAGCGCCAUCCGCCAGAGUCUGGGCGUCUGUCCUCAGCACAACGUCCUCUUCAGCAUGCUGACGGUGGAGGAGCACAUCUGGUUCUACGCUCGCCUCAAAGGCCUGUCGGAGGAGCAGGUCAAAGGCGAGAUCGAGCAGAUCCUACAGGACACCGGUCUACCACACAAACGCAAGUCCAAGACCAGCACACUGUCUGGCGGCAUGCAGAGGAAGUUGUCUGUGGCGCUGGCCUUUGUCGGCGGGUCCAAAGUGGUGAUUUUGGACGAGCCCACUGCCGGAGUUGAUCCCUAUGCUCGGAGAGGAAUCUGGGAUCUGCUGCUGAAGUACAGACAGGGACGCACCAUCCUCCUGUCCACUCACCACAUGGAUGAGGCGGACAUUCUGGGGGACCGCAUCGCCAUCAUCUCGCACGGGAAGCUGUGCUGCGUGGGAUCAUCGCUCUACCUGAAAAACCAGCUGGGGACAGGAUACUACCUGACCCUGGUCAAGAAGGACCCCGAACCCUCAUUGAGCUCCUGCAGAAACUCCUCCAGCACCGUGUCUCUCACAAAGAAGGCGGAGAACGGUUCUGUCAGCAGCAGCGACGCGGGGCUGGGCAGUGAGCAUGAAAGUGAGGCCACCACCGCCGAAACCGGGCUGGCGGCGUCCGUCUGCGAGGCGGUCAGCACGUCCCAGGUGUCCGGCCUGAUCCUGAGCCACGUGCCUGCUGCCCGCCUGGUGGAGGACGUGGGACACGAGCUGACCUACGUCCUGCCGUACUCCGCUGCCAAGGACGGAGCUUUCGUGGAGCUCUUCAGAGAACUGGACUACAGGCUGAAGGAGCUGAACAUCUCCAGCUACGGUGUGUCCGACACCACCCUGGAAGAGAUAUUCCUGAAGGUGGCAGAAGAUAACGGCGUGGACAUGGAGGUGCCUUCAGACGGCACACUCCCUGUACGGCGGCGGCGGCGGCGGACUCACGCCUUCGGAGGAGGCGACCCUCAGAGCUGCCUGAGACCUUUGACAGACGAGGACCACGACGAGGACUCCGAGGGCGAUCCUGAGAGUCGGGACACGGACUGGUUGAAGUGUUCUGACGGCAAAGGAUCACAGAAAGUGGACGGCUGGAAUCUGAAGAAACAACAAUUUGUGGCUCUCAUGUGGAAAAGAUUCCUCUACGCCCGCCGCUCCAGGAAAGGUUUCUUUGCUCAGAUCGUCCUUCCUGCUGUCUUCGUCUGCAUCGCCCUGGUCUUCAGUCUCAUUGUUCCUCCUUUUGGGAAAUAUCCAAGUUUGGAGUUGCAGCCAUGGAUGUAUGAAGAUCAAGUCACCUUCAUCAGUGAUGACGCCCCAGAAGACGCCAACAUGCAGAAGUUACUCAACGCACUUUUGGAGCCGCCAGGAUUUGGGACUCGUUGCAUGCUGGGACAUCCCAUCCCGGAGGCUCCCUGCACCAUGGGGGAUGAAGACUGGAACAUUCCAGAAGUCCCUGAAGGUGUGGCGGAGAUGUUCCGCUCCAGGAACUGGACCAUGGAGGACCCGUCUCCUGCCUGCUCCUGCAGCAAUGAUGACAAGAAGAAGAUGCUGCCUGAGUGCCCCCCUGGAGCCGGGGGGGUGCCCCCCCCUGAGAUGAAGUUAAGUUCAACAGAUGCUCUUCAAAACCUGACAGGAAGGAACAUCUCAGACUACCUGGUCAAAACAUACGCACACAUCAUUGGGAAGAGUUUGAAGAACAAAGUGUGGGUCAACGAGUUCAGGUACGGAGGCUUCUCAUUGGGCGCCAGGAGCACUCAGGUCCUCCCACCUGCCGAUGACGUCGACGACGCCAUCCAACGCAUACGCAAAAUAUUUGAAAUCCCAAAGAGAGGCGCUGCAGAUCGAUUUCUGGACAACUUGUCAGCUUUCAUCAAUGGUUUGGAUACCAAAAACAACGUGAAGAUCUGGUUCAACAACAAAGGCUGGCACAGCAUGGGAGCAUUCAUCAACGUGAUGAAUAACGCCAUCCUCAGAGCCAAUCUUCCUCCAGGGAACCAUGUCAGCCAUUUUGGAAUCCGCGCCUUCAACCAUCCUCUCAACCUGACCAAAGAACAACUGUCUCAGGUGGCACUCGUGACCACGUCCGUGGAUGUCCUGGUCUCCAUCUGUGUCAUCUUCGCCAUGUCCUUUGUCCCGGCGAGCUUCGUGGUCUUCCUCAUCCAGGAGCGUGUCAGUAAAACCAAACACAUGCACUUCAUCAGUGGUGUGCACCCCCUCCUCUACUGGACCGCCAACUUCAUCUGGGACAUGUGUAACUAUGUUGUCCCAGCAACGUUGGUCAUCUUCAUCUUCAUAUGUUUCCAACAAAAAGCUUACGUCUCAUCCACCAACCUGCCUGUACUCGCACUGCUGCUGCUGCUCUAUGGAUGGUCCAUCACACCACUCAUGUACCCAGCAUCCUUCCUGUUCAACAUCCCCAGCACAGCCUAUGUGGUCCUCACUAGUGUCAACAUCCUCAUUGGCAUCAAUGGCAGCAUCUCCACCUUUGUCAUGGAGCUCUUUGGAGACCACGAGAUUGGAGGAAUCAAUGACAUCCUGAAGAACGUGCUCCUCAUCUUUCCUCAUUUCUGUCUGGGUCGAGGCCUCAUUGACAUGGUGAAGAACCAGGCCAUGGCCGACGCCCUCCAAAGAUUUGGAGAGAACAGACUACGUUCUCCUCUGGAAUGGGACAUGGUGGGAAAGAACUUGUUUGCUAUGGCUGUGGAGGGCGUGCUCUUCUUCAUCAUCACCGUCCUCAUUCAGUACCGCUUCUGUGUCAAACCCAGGCCAGUGAGUAAGUUGACUAAACUGGGAGCGCUGGGAGAAGAAGACGAGGACGUGGCCCGCGAGAGACAGAGGAUAGUCCAUGGACUAGGACAUGGGGACAUCUUGGAACUCAGACAACUCACUAAGGUCUUCAAAAGGAAGCAGAAGCCAGCAGUUGACCGACUCUGUGUUGGAAUUCCUCCUGGAGAGUGUUUCGGCCUGCUGGGCGUGAACGGGGCGGGCAAGACGACCACCUUCAAGAUGCUGACAGGAGACACCAUGGUGACGAGUGGUGAGGCCUUCCUGGCAGGGAAGAGCAUCCUGAGAGAACUGGACCAGGUCCACCAGAACAUGGGCUACUGCCCUCAGUUUGACGCCAUCAACGAGCUGCUGACAGGAAGAGAACACCUGGAGCUCUACGCCAUCCUCAGGGGGGUUCCUGGCGAGGAAGUCUGCCAGGUGGCAGAGUGGGGGAUCAGGAAGUUGGGGCUGCUGAAGUACGCCGACAAAGCGGCAGGAAGUUACAGCGGCGGGAACUUGAGGAAACUGUCCACCGCCAUGGCUCUGAUUGGGGCGCCACCUGUCGUCUUCUUGGACGAGCCCACCACCGGCAUGGACCCCAAAGCACGCCGCGCCCUCUGGAACUGUAUCCUCAGUGUCAUCAAGGAGGGACGCUCCGUGGUGCUCACCUCACACAGCAUGGAGGAGUGUGAGGCACUGUGCACCAGGAUGGCCAUCAUGGUGAACGGCAGGUUCAAAUGUCUGGGCAGCGUGCAACAUUUAAAGAACAGGUUCGGAGACGGCUACACCAUCAUGCUGAGAGUAGCAGGAGAGCAGCCAGACCUGCUGCCAGUGAUGCAGCUGAUGGAGCGAGAGUUGUCAGGCAGCACACUGAAGGAGAAACAUGGCAACAUGCUGCAGUAUCAACUUCCUGCUGCUGCUUCUCUCUGCUCACUCACACACAUCUUCUGCAUCCUCGCCAACUGCAGAGUCAGUCUCAGCAUACAGGACUACUCUGUCACCCAGACCACGCUGGACCAGGUGUUUGUGAACUUCGCCAAGGACCAAAGUGACGACUACCAUUCCAAAGACGCUUCAGUGCGGCGCCAAGAGGUCCCGCCGGACGUGGGCGCCCUGCACGGCCGUCACCUGGGCGGGGCCAGCGAGAGCAUCCUGUGAGCGCCGGACUUGCACUUUUCUGUGUCUCCGCGUGGUGGGAGGAGUCACGCCACUCAAUGCAAGUGAUUUCCUGUGGAGGCGUGGCCUGACGCCCGCCGUGGAUUUCAAAGCAAAGAAACUUGAAGCGGUGCCGGCCGCCAUUUUUGU